ACUCCCACUCCAUCCCCCCCAACCCAACCCAACCCCGAGGCGAGAAGACCACCACCCCAUCCCGGCGGCGGCGGAUCACGCUGUGCGCGCGCGUGCCUGCGGCUGCGUGAGGAGAGAAAAAGGAAGGAUAAAAAGGCGCGCGUCGGUUGCAGUUAGCGAGGGGCCGCGAGGAGGAGGAGGAGGAGGAGGAGGAGGAGUCUCGGCACUGGGCGCUGGGCAGGGAGGGCGAGACCGCGAGGAGGGAAUCAUGAGCGGAACAGGGUACACAGUGGAAGUCACUAACCUGUCAAGCAGCGCAUCUGAGAAUGAUCUUCAUGAGUUCUUCUCAUUCUCUGGACCUAUUGAGCAUAUAGACCUUAUCAGAUCAGGAGGAUAUGGCUCAACUGCUUAUGUGACUUUCAAGGAACCCUAUGCAUUGGAAACUGCAGUAUUGCUGAGUGGGGCUACCAUUGUGGAUCAGCCGGUGUGCAUAUCUCGUUGGGGACAACCUGAUGAGCCUUGUAAUUUCUGGGACAGGCCAACUUGGCAGGUGGAGGAGGAAAUUGAAUAUAGGGAUUACCAAUCAUGCCAGUUCAACGCCACUCCACAGGAAGCAUUGACAGUGGCUCAGGACGUCGUGAAGACAAUGCUGUCAAGGGGAUACAUACUGAGCAAGGACGCAUUGUCCAGGGCUAGAGCUUUCGACGAGUCCCACCAGCUAUCUGGGUCUGCGGCAGCAAAGGCUGCGGAGCUGAGCCGGAGGCUCGGCCUGACCGACAGAGUCAGUGCUGGUGUUGGCGCAAUCAGAUCAGUGGAUGAGACAUACCGUGUUACCGAGACGACCAAGACCGUCACCACCGCCACUGGAAGAACAGCAGUCAAGGUUAUGAACACCAUCGUGACCAGCAGCUACUUCUCUGCGGGAGCUAUGAUGGUCUCCGAGGCUCUCACCCGCGCCGCCAAGGCCGCUGAAAAUCUGGCUGCUCACGGCAGGCAGCAUUAAUGGAAAUAAACACCCCGUUCGAACAGUUCGUUGUGUCGGUUAUACAAAAGUCAGUUAUUCAGACACCAGGGUUGAACUUAAAGAGUCUUAAGGUAUGAUAUUUAUGCUAUGUAUGAUACAGUAUAUAAUAACAGUAUUGUGGUAGCUAGAAAAAACUGUCAGUUAUUCAGACAACAAAUGUGGUUUGAACAAGCUAUGUGCAGAAUUCAGUCAAGGUGAUCGUGCAGUCA